AUGCCCGAUCGAUCCCACCGCGCGCGUCUCGGCGCCCCGCGCGUUCGGACGCGCGAUGCCACGCGCGAUCGACCUCGCGUCGCGCGCUCGCUCGCGCGCGUCGCGUCGCGCGCUGCCGUCGUCGCGUCGUCCGCGGUAUAUACGGACACAGACGUGACACACACGCGACGCGCGACGCACAUCGCGCCGCGGCGCGCGACGACGACGACGACGACGACGACGACGACCGCGGACGACGCCGCGGUGAUCCUCCACCUCCGCGCGCGCGCGUGCGAGCUCGAGAUCGACGCCGCGGCGACGGCGCGGGCGCUCGAACGCGCGCGAGACGACCGGGCGAGCGCGCUCGAGGCGCUCGACGACGCGCGCGCGCGCGCGGCGCGCAGCGAGCGCGCGCGUCGCGUCGAGAACGCGGCCCUGCUCGAACGGUUCGAGGCGCUGGCGACGCGAGUGGCGGACGCGGAGGCGAGCGCGCGACGGGGGGGGGGGGAUGAGAAUUCUUUGGCGGAGGCGGCGGCGCUGCGAACGGCGCUGGAGACGGCGCAUCGAGAGCUGGGGGAGGCGCAGGUGGACGCGGGACGGGUGAAAGUGUUGGAACGGGAGGUGUCGGAGGCGAGACGGGGCGCGCGGGAGGCGCGAGAGCGAGCGGAGAGGGUGGCGGAGGAGACGCGGAGGCGGUUGGAGGAGGCGCAGAGGCGGGCGCGCGCGCUCGAGGCGUCGACGAACGAGGCGAAGCGCGCGUUGGGGGAGGUUUUGGGUGGAUAUUUUGAUCACGGCGCGGACGAGGAGGAUGUGCCGUUGGCGGUGUUCGUCAGACGCGCCGUGGAUGCGUUGGAAGAGGCUCGCGCGAGCGCCUCGGCGCGGAACGCAGAGGCGAGGCGGAAUGCGUCGAAGAAGUCGAUGAACGACGACGAGGACGACGAGGAACGGGAAUUAGAGGCGGAGACGGAGGCGGCGCUUACGGAAGCUCUGGGCGCGGCGCGACGGUGGAAGUCCACCGCUGAACGCGAGCGGGCGUCUCGCGAGGCGCUCGAGGACGAGCUCGCGGCGCUCGCGAGCGAAGUCAAGUCGUCGCGCGCGCUGAUCUCGCGCUUACGCACCGAGAAAGAAGACGCGGAUAGGCACGCGCUCGACGUCGAGCGUGUCAUCGAAACCCUCGCCGAUCGCGUGAGAUCGCUCGAGAAAGCGACGGAUCGAACGGUGUUCAUCGACGAGUGA